AUGGCUAUACAUGAUAAUACAUGGCAUUACAUGGCUAUACAUGGCUAUACAUGGCAUUACAUGGCUAUACAUGGUAAUACAUGGUUAUACAUGGCUAUACAUGGGUAUACAUGGCUAUACAUGGGUAUACAUGGUAAUAAAUGGCUAUACAUGAUAAUACAUGGCAUUACAUGGCUAUACAUGGCUAUACAUGGCUAUACAUGGCAUUACAUGGCUAUACAUGGUAAUACAUGGCUAUACAUGGCUAUACAUGGGUAUACAUGGUAAUACAUGGCUAUACAUGGGUAUACAUGGCUAUACAUCGGUAUACAUGGCAAUACAUGGGUAUACAUAGUAAUACAUGGCUAUACAUAGGCACACAUGGCUAUACAUGGCGAUACAUGGUAAUACAUGGCUAUACAUGGGUAUACAUGGUAAUACAUGGCUAUACAUGGUAAUACAUGGCAAUACAUGGGUAUACAUGGGUAUACAUGGUAAUACAUGGCUAUACAUGGUAAUACAUGGCAAUACAUGGGUAUACAUGGGUAUAAAUGGUAAUACAUGGCUAUACAUGGUAAUACAUGGCAAUACAUGGGUAUACAUGGGUAUACAUGGCAAUACAUGGGUAUACAUGGUAAUAGAUGGCUAUACAUGGGUAUACAUGGCUAUACGUGGUAAUACAUGGCUAUACAUGGCAUUACAUGGGCCA